UUCAGGAUGGUAUGCCGCUUUAAUCCAUUUUAUAUUGGACCCAAGCCUCCCAGCUGUUGCACGGAAAGGGAUAACCUGUGCGAUUGCCCGCCAUGUUCACCGGAUACCGGAUAUCAAGAACCGCGGCCUGUUUACGAGGAGUGCAACAAGGGAGUGACUCAAAGGGAAGUCAAAGAGAGUCCUUGCAAUCCGCCAUGCAUAGAAGACCCGAAGUCGGAACAGUCAGAGCAGUCGGAUAAGAAAAGUAAGAAAAAGAAAAGGAAACAUAAGAAGAAGAAGGAAAUAAGGAGCAGCCAAAGAAGGAGGAGAAAUCAGGCUAAUAGUUAUGUCCUGGCUAUAAGCUUAAAGUGCAUAAAAUUCCAAGUAAAAAUUAAAUUUCUAAACUAAGAGACUUAUUAAAUUGA